GCCAAAGGGCCUGGACUUAUGUCUGGGCCAACCAUGACCUUAUUGAUUGCAACUUCAGACAAGUCACUGAUCCUCACUGGGCAUCAAUGAUUUCCUUGUGAAAUGGGGUUACAACAGCACCUAUGGCCAGCGGACCAUGAGGAUCGAACAUGAAGUAUUGAGUGUCAUUUCUGGACACCACCAAGUGCUACAUAACAGCUUGUUAUUACUAAUGACAGCCCAAGCAGACAAGCAGGAGGUUGAGCAGGUACAAGAGGAAAGAGACUUGGCAUAAAGAGGCUGCCCAUUAAAAAAAAAGGUACAGAUGCAGGCACCUGCACCAUGAGCAGGCUGGAUAUGCACACAACAAAUUGGCAUGGAGCUUGCCUCUCUGUUACUUUCUCCAUCCUGGAAUUAGGACCCUCCCCAAGAUGAAGGACAUUUGGAAAAGCUCUUUUUGAGUCACUAAGAACCCAAAGGAAAUCUCUCAGCUAGACCUCUUAGAAGCUCCCUUGUCUCCCAUCAAAUGUGGCCUAAGAUGGCCCAGCCAAACCAAGCCCCUGACUCAGCCCUUUGCAGCCUAGUCAGUGACCUUGGAGUGGGGAAAUUGGGCUGGGGCUGAGGGUGGCAUGAGGUCACUCCAUUUCAUCAUACUUAGUACAUGAGAUCCAGACAGGCCUCCUGGGGUGGACACUGGGCUCUGUCACCUGGAGGGGCAGUGGAAGAGGAGUUUGUAGGAGACACAGCACAUACCCCAGAAUUAUUCUCCCUGGUCUGUGUCCACAUCAUUUGUCCCUGCCAGUAACAUUUAACCUCAGUGGAUCUUCCAUUUCCCUGAGAAGUUGGGGUAGCCUGUUUACCUCCUGCCUACGAGGAGACAGUGGAGGCAGAGCAGGCCCCUGGUGGUAAGUGGUUGGCUGCAACAUGCUGACUGACCCUGGAAACCACAGUGCUCUUUACUGGAAGACAUAACUGGUUCCUCCACAAGGUGACAAAACUAUUUGGAGAGAGAACUAGACAAGGACAGAGAAACACACUGUUUCCAAAUCUGGGAUUGGGAGGUGGGGGGCAAAAUUCUCCUUAGCCAUGGCUCCUGAUGCUGCCAGAGAUGGAAAGCAUGUGCUACCUGGGGCUGGAUUGGGCAGCUGGCCUCUCUAAGGGAUGUCACUGCACAGUGCUGGACACUAGAAGUGGUGAGCAUGCCAGGACCAGCCUUGGACUUCCCAGGACUGACAUUUCCCCACCCCCUUUGCAGAUCCCAUCUGUAUCUUACACAGGGUUCAGCAGAGAAGGGACAAGGAAGGCAGAGAAUAGGAUCUGACAGUUUCCAUGGUGGUUGUGAGGGCUCUGUGUGUGCUCUCUUUGUCACACAAGACAACAAGCCCCAGAGAAGGAUGCUGCUGACGGACCCUCUGCAGAACUGAGAAGAAAUUCAAGCAGGCUCACCCUACUCACCGAAGGGGUGUCUCUCCCAGGGCUCCUGUUGCUGCUAUUUUGAGUUCCGUCUCCUCAGGGUGUCCACUUCACAGGGUUCCUGAUUGUGCCCCUGGACAGCCACCCCUUUGCAGUCUCCGGUCUGGCUGGACUCUGCAAACCUGCUUCCACAAUGGGUGGGUUGUGAGCGCUGGUAACGAGGAGCUGUGGGCCCAGCCAGCCUUGGAGAUGCCGAAAAGACGGGACAUCCUUGCGAUCGUCCUCAUCGUACUGCCCUGGACACUGCUUGUCACCGUGUGGCACCAGAGCACCAUUGCGCCUCUGCUCACCGCACACAAGGAUGACGGUAGUGACCCCCGGCGCGAUGUGCCUCAGGGCGCCGACCCCAGGGAAUACUGCAUGUCCGACCGCGACAUCGUGGAGGUGGUGCGCACCGAGUAUGUGUACACGCGGCCCCCGCCGUGGUCCGACACGCUGCCCACCAUCCACGUGGUGACGCCCACCUACAGCCGCCCGGUGCAGAAGGCCGAGCUGACACGCUUGGCCAACACACUGCUGCACGUGCCCAACCUGCACUGGCUGGUGGUGGAGGACGCGCCGCGCCGGACGCCGCUGACCGCGCGCCUGCUGCGCGACACCGGCCUCAACUACACCCAUCUGCACGUGGAGACGCCCCGUAACUACAAGCUGCGCGGCGACGCCCGUGACCCGCGCAUCCCGCGGGGCACAAUGCAGCGCAACCUGGCCCUGCGCUGGCUGCGGGAGACCUUCCCGCGCAACACCAGCCAACCGGGUGUGGUGUACUUCGCUGACGACGACAACACCUACAGUCUGGAGCUCUUUGAGGAGAUGCGCAGCACCAGGAGGGUAUCUGUGUGGCCCGUUGCCUUCGUUGGUGGCCUUCGGUACGAGGCCCCACGGGUCAACGGGGCUGGGAAGGUGGUCGGCUGGAAGACAGUGUUCGACCCACACCGACCAUUUGCAAUAGACAUGGCUGGAUUUGCAGUCAACCUGAGGCUCAUUCUACAGCGUAGCCAGGCCUACUUCAAGCUGCGUGGUGUGAAGGGAGGCUACCAGGAAAGCAGCCUCCUCCGAGAACUUGUUACCCUCAAUGACCUGGAGCCCAAGGCAGCCAACUGCACCAAGAUCCUGGUCUGGCACACACGGACAGAGAAGCCGGUGCUGGUGAAUGAGGGGAAAAAAGGCUUCACUGACCCCACUGUGGAGAUCUGAGCCCCAGGCUACAGGAGCCUCCUUCUCGAACCCUGUUCCUGGCCUUCCAUCCUCUCCCCAUGGCUGAUGGUCCCUCCGAGGCAAACUCCUAAGGAAUCACCAUCACCCUCCUUUCUAUACUGGGGGCUUCAGAGAGAGCCCAGCCUGAUGCCAGGACAAAGGACGGAGAAUCAAAGCACAGAAAUCCCAGAUCUGUUGUUACCUUCCAUCCAGUAUGACCAGGGGCCCAGCUGCUAGCCAAGUCAUGCCAACCAGCGAGCCGGUGCCCCAGCACGCCUCCCCAGAGCUUCCUGCACUGACAGGGCCUGACGGAGCAGAUGCGGUGGGCACCUAAGCCCUGGAGUGAUGCCAGGCUGGGAGAGAGGUGAAAAGACUCCAGCUGUCAAGUGCAGUGUGGCCUUGCCCGGCUCCCUGCUCCUGGGGCCCAGCACGACUGCACAGGCCACCUGGCCAGGGAAUUCUGAAGACCAGAGAACAGCCCCCUGCCCAGGCAUCAGGAACACUGCCCCGCCCUGUCCUCGGAGAGCUGCUCUCAAGUAGACAUACCUCUGUGGCUUUCCUCUGGUUCCUAUUUCCAGAGCAUAAGGCUGUCUUUGAUCCCAACAGGCAACCACCCUGCAUGAGGGGAGCCUGGGCCUGCCAUCAGGCUCCCCCAUACCUCAGGCUUGUGGUGGGAGUGGAGUCCCCUACUCCGGGCCCACAUCCUUCAAGCCUGCUCCUUCCAGCACAGGGAAGGAGGUGGGCCCUUGAGCCAGCACAGGUCAUGGACUGACCUGGACUAAGAUCAUGCGGGCCCCUGUCUAGACACUGUCUCCCCACUGCCCACUGGGCUCCAUGGCCUCUUGCUUGGGCUGGGACUGGGGAGGGCAGGAGCCCUCUUUCUGGAGCUCUUGAGAACCACAGACCUCAGGGGCUGAAGUGAGCCAGGGGUGGGCAAGGCAGAAAGAGGAGGGAGGCAGGGGCCAUCCAGUACUCCUUCCUGCCCCUGCUUAAGGGAGGAAGGGGCUUUGGGUUAGCAGAGGGACUUGUGGAAAAGGGGCAGAGAUCAUUUGGAUCCUGAGGGGAAAGGAGACCUGAGCACACAUUACUUUGGAAAUCAUUCUAUUGUAAACACAAAAUGGGAACAAAACUCUCCCUUCUCUCUGAGUUGGGAGCAUGAGAACAAGCCUGCUGCUUGUUCCCUCUCCCCCCACCCCCACCCCUGAGGAAGAACAGUGUGCAUGUGUUACUUCCCUGUACCUGGAGGCUACUGACAGGGACAGCCCUCUGCUGGCUAUCACUCAUGCUCCUGAAAGUUGGAAGCACAAUUUUCCUCCCAACUGGAGGAAAAGGAAAGGCCUGAGCCUACUGAAGAGGUGUUUAUUUUUUAACCCUAACAGCCCCCACUCCAUUUAAACUCACAGGACCGGUCUGAGGACCGCUAAGAACCCACUCCUGGGUGGGUGGGUAGGAUUCAGUCCAGCAACCUAACAUUCAAAAAAUAGCAUUGGCUGCCUAUUUUGAAAUGGAUUUAACUUCCCACAGCAUUCGUGAAACCAUCCGAUGGGAUCAUAUCCCUGAGAACCCUGAGCCACCUUGCAGGAUAUUCCCAGCCUCUUACACUUUCUAUGGUGGCUCUGGAAAUCAACCCAUCAGAAUCAAGUGGGGUGUCAUGGGAGGGGAGGGAGGAGGUGUGCACAGGGCACCCACCAAAUGAGUGAAUUCAUGCCCAGGCACAGCACUGCCUCACUCACUGAAACCAGCCCUGAAUGCUCAGGUCAGCCUGGCUGGUCUUAGGCCACCUUCUUAGCCAAAAACCCAGGGCUUAUUUUUCAGGAAAUUGAUAAUGAACAACAAAAUGGGAUAUUCUGUUUUUAUUUUUGUUUUUUUUGGCGGAUGCUAUUUCUGUUGAUUUCACCUAAUAGCCUCUCUUAGCCGCAUGUGUAUUUAUUUAUAAUUAUAACCCUGGUGGACUGCA